GAGUUAAUUUUUUUUGUGGAGAAAAAAAAAAGGGAACCGUGAAAUGAGACAAACAACUCACAAGAGUUUAGUUAAUGAACAUUACCAAACAGCUUUCUGUUUCUCAAACGGGGGGAAAGUCAAUGAAGGGAUGUGGGACUUUAUUGGUGCGCAGUCGGCAGGUGUCCCUCAAGGCGCCAUGGAUCAACUUGGACAGUUUGAGCCUGAUUUUAAACAGCAGGAGGAUCCAUUCCCAUCAUAACUGGAAGCACUGUCCGUGGUGAGUGAGGAUCAGCCCAUAUAUGAGCCGCCAUACACCGCAGCCCCGGCCAUGCACAUGAAGACUGAGAUGACGUCGCCAGGAGGCUUCGGUCAGACAUCAAAACAGAGUCCUGAGCCUGCCGAGCCAGAGUGGGUGGGGUCGGGGACACAAAACUCUGGGAAAAGAGGCGAACACGUCAAUGGAACCAGCCGUGCGUCCCCCGUGGACUGCAGUGUCACCAAACGCUCCAGACACAUGAGCAACGACGGAGCACCGAUGUCAUACCAGACCUCAUACCCUGAGCCUCGAGUCAGCCCCCAGACCACCACCCCGCCCAGCAGCACCACAGAGGAGAAGAGGGUCAUCGUACCUGCAGAUCCUGAGGUGUGGACACAGGACCAUGUGCGGCAGUGGUUGGACUGGGCCAUUAAAGAGUACGUCCUGGAGGAGGUGGACGUCAUGCUCUUCCACACACUGGACGGCAAAGCGCUGUGCAAGAUGACCAAAGACGACAUGAUGCGUCUCACGUCGGCAUACAACGCAGACAUCCUGCUCUCACACCUCAGUUACCUCCGGCAGAGUAGCCCUACCUUCUCCUACCCGACCACUCCCACCAACAACACACCACCACCCCCAGCACCACAGCCCAGACUACAGGUCAAAGCAGAGAGCAGUUUUGAUGAGAUCAGCCGCAGGAACAGCUGGCCGGCAAACACCAUGACUGCAGUGCCAAAAGGACCCUCCAUGGAGCACCAACACAGCACCAGAGUCACAGAUCCUGCUCCAAGAAUUGUGCAAGAUCCGUAUCAGACAUUAGGGCCCAUUAGCAGUCGACUAGCCAACCCAGAAGGCCAAGCCCUCAGCUCAUCCAAGAACCGAACAGGCAAACAAAGUCCAUACAAGCUGCCUGACCCCAGCGCUCACAGGCCUGUGGGUUCAGGGCAGAUCCAGCUGUGGCAGUUCCUCCUGGAGCUUCUUUCAGACAGCAACAACUCCGGCAUCAUCACCUGGGAGGGCACCAAUGGCGAGUUCAAGAUGACUGACCCAGAUGAGGUGGCCAAGCGCUGGGGAGAGCGCAAGAGCAAGCCCAACAUGAACUACGACAAGCUGAGCCGGGCUCUGCGUUACUAUUAUGACAAAAACAUCAUGACUAAAGUGCACGGAAAGCGCUACGCCUACAAAUUUGACUUCCAGGGCAUCUCACAGGCGCAUCAGAAUCACGGAGCAGAAGGAGGGAUUGUUAAGUACCAGACUGAGAUGUCGUACGUCCAGCCGUACCACAGCCAUCAGCCCAAAAUGAACUUCAUGGGUGGCCAUCCUCCGCCCAUGCCCGUCUCUCCCGGGAACUAUUUCGGCCCUCCGUCAACUUACUGGAACUCCUCCAACAGCCCGAUCUAUCCUGGGUCAGCCAUGACCAGACAUCCUGCCUCUCACUCCCACCUGAGCUCGUACUACUGAGGACAAUGUCUGUCACACGUGAACCUCAUAACAGAGGAGAGAAGCCUGAAUGUGCUAAAAAACAAGAGCACACUCCAACCAGGACACACCUGAGCUGAACCCUGUCUGAACUGAGGGUGAUAUGACGCUACGGUCUGUUUUAAAGAAGGCAUUAUGAUGAAUUUUCCACAUUCCUCAUUAAAGGACAAAAUGUGAUGAAUGAAAGUGAUUGCUAUUAUACUCAUGUCAAGACUUUCAUGAAUAUACUGAUGACGCACUGUAUUAUUAACUGUUCAAAUGUUAUGAAACCAAGUUAUUGUGUAAGUACUUUGUUUAAUAGAACCUGUAAAGACCACAGUCGGAAUCUUUACUGUUUGAGUAGCACCACAGUUUUGUAACUAUUUUUCACUUCAAGGGUCGGAAACUGCAGUUAUCACAUUAAAUGACCUGACAUUUGUAAAGGAGAAAUUGUACAGAAUGACUGUUUUGUAGCAAUGUAACAUUUACUCAUGAUGUAAAGCUAAUAAAUGGCGCUUGUAUCUUAAAAA